AUAUAAUCUUGCAAGCAUCAUAGUGCGAGUUAAACAAAAUGAAUCAAGUACUGGAUAAAUUAAAUCAACGAAUAAAUGCAGCUAACAAGCAUCGAGAAGUUGUUAAUGAAUAUAAAACGCUACAGACAGAUGAGGAGAGAAUAAUAUUUACUCUUAAAGUUAUGUUAACAUAUGAUAUAAUACCUAAAAUGUGUGGUGACACAAAGGAUGCUAAGGAAUCUGAGAAAUUAAGAGAACAGGGUAACAAGGUAUUUGUUUCCAAGACAUUGACAAAUGUCACUAUUAUCGAUGCUUUGAAAUUAUAUACUAAAAGUAUAGCCUACGCACCAUAUCCCUCUGAGCAGCUUGCUCUAUCUUAUGCCAAUAGAUCUGCAGUUUUAUUAAAAUUACACAAGUACAAAGAGUGUAUCCAGGACAUAGAUAGGGCUAUAAUGUUAAUGUAUCCAGAUAACUUAAGAGCCAAACUUUACAUGAGGAAAAUCGAGUGUCUGCAAGCCCUGAAGCCUCCAAACGUAGAAGACGCUGUGAAAGAAGCACAACAAUGGUUAGAGAAAAUCUCUUUGGAUGACAUUAAUUACAAGAAAUUAAAUGAUAAAAUUGUAUCUUUAGAAUAUAGUUUGAAAUCGCAUAACUUUAAAAAACAGAACGUCGGAGAACAUCGGACUCCAUAUCUUGUUCCUGAAAUAAAGAGUUAUAACACUGAGAUUCCAUGCGCUUCAGACGCAGUAAGUUUGAAGUACAAUGAACAGUACGGUAGGCAUAUUAUGGCUGCCCGUAACAUAAAUCCUGGAGAAGUAAUUGCCAUAGAAACACCUUAUUCAUUAAUUCUAAAUCCUAACAAUGUACACACCCAUUGUUCGAACUGUUUAGAGGUAUGUUGGAAUAACAUACCCUGCAACUAUUGCACUUUUACUAUGUACUGCUCGGAAGAAUGUAGGGCUUCGGAAUGGAAGAAAUAUCAUGACAUAGAGUGCUCGGUGUUUCCCCAUUUGCUAAAAAUGGACUUUAGUAAACUCGAUUUAUUUAGCUUAAGGAUUGCCGUGCAGGCUGUGAGAGAUAGUAGUAUACAUGAUUUAAGAGAGGAGGUGAAAGAUGUUGAUAGUCAUGACGAUAUUCGAACAAAAGGAUUCUCUAAAGAUGGAAUUUUUGCAAGCGAUCAGUAUAGAAGCAUAUUAAGUCUUGUGACAAACACUGACAAACGUUCGGUCCAUGAUCUCUUUAGGCGAUCUAUGGAUUCUUGUUUCAUUUUAUAUUUCGUAACAACAUGUACCAGCAUGUUUGGGAGUCCAUUGGAAAAAGACCUAUCUGUCCUAAUGCAAAACACCGAUGUCACAUUCGUUGGUAGUCUGAUAUUAAGACACCAGCAAACCAUUCCUAGUAACGCGCAUAGUUUCCCAGAGGAGUAUGACAUGGAUACUAAUGAGCGCGGUAUAGUUGCUAUGCCAUUUUUCAGUUUAAUUAAUCACAGCUGUAAUCCAAACGUACUGAGAGUCUCAAGGCCCAAAGACAUAGUCAUUUAUGCCAUGUACCCUAUUCAGGAAUGUGAACAGAUAUUUGACAAUUAUAGUUACCACUAUGCGCUUUCUCCGAAAGCUACGAGACGAAAGGCGCUUUUCGAACAAUAUUAUUUCAUCUGUAAUUGUAUACCGUGCCAAGAUGACUGGCCACUGUUCCAAGAUGUGCAAUCGUUCCAAAGUUUAGUUCAGGAUGCUAAAGUUGCGGCGAUGAUCGCGAGUGUGCUAAUGAAAUCAAAUAAUUACUUGACUACGGCUGCCAAAGGAAAUGUGUUGGACAUGGAUCACAUUGUCGAUGACUUAUUACAAAUGAUCAAAGUUUUAUACAAUCUGGUACCAAUGCCCUGCCUAGAAAUGAACACUCUGGUAGAAAUUUUGAAACGCGUCUACGCAUUGCACGGGAACAUAUUUGAGAUUCCUAAAAUGUAGAUGUGCACCCUGCAGUAUUUUAUAUAACUCGUUGAUGUUAAUUUGUAAGUAGAAAUAACUACGCUUGAUUAGAAUUGAAUAAUUUCUGUAUAAGAUUGUUGCUUGCUGCAUUAAUAAAAUGUGCCCACAUAUUAUAAGUAGAUUGCAGAUGUCUAUGUAAGUUAUUUUUUUUAUAGAUGCAUUU